CACUCGGCUUAGGGCACCGCUGCCUGAAAGACCUUUCUAGGCCAGUCGGGGUCCGGCACCCAGUUGACGAGUCAGCGCGGCGCUUUCAGAGCUGGGGAGAGGCGAAAGCUCUUCCGGCCCCCCGAUCUCCCGGCCAGCUGCCCCCGGCAGCUCCUUGCCGCCUCCCGGCCUGGGCCCGCCCAGCCGUUCUCGGCCUGCCGUCAGGCGAUCUCGGCGGCCAGCCCAGCCGCGAUGUGACGCCGCGCGCCCCGGGGUCCUCGGCGCCUGCGCCCUCUCCUAUAAAGCAGACGCCGCGCCGCGCUGCGACGCUGUAGUGGCUUCGUCUUCUGUUUUUCUCUUCCUUCGCUAACGCCUCCCGGCUCUCGUCAGCCUCCCGCCGGCCGUCUCCUUAACACCGAACACCAUGCCUUCAAUUAAGUUGCAGAGUUCUGAUGGAGAGAUAUUUGAAGUUGAUGUGGAAAUUGCCAAACAAUCUGUGACUAUUAAGACCAUGUUGGAAGAUUUGGGAAUGGAUGAUGAAGGAGAUGAUGACCCAGUUCCUCUACCAAAUGUGAAUGCAGCAAUAUUAAAAAAGGUCAUUCAGUGGUGCACCCACCACAAGGAUGACCCUCCUCCUCCUGAAGAUGAUGAGAACAAAGAAAAGCGAACAGAUGAUAUCCCUGUUUGGGACCAAGAAUUCCUGAAAGUUGACCAAGGAACACUUUUUGAACUCAUUCUGGCUGCAAACUACUUAGACAUCAAAGGUUUGCUUGAUGUUACAUGCAAGACUGUUGCCAAUAUGAUCAAGGGGAAAACUCCUGAGGAGAUUCGCAAGACCUUCAAUAUCAAAAAUGACUUUACUGAAGAGGAGGAAGCCCAGGUACGCAAAGAGAACCAGUGGUGUGAAGAGAAGUGAAAUGUUGUGCCUGACACUGUAACACUGUAAGGAUUGUUCCAAAUACUAGUUGCACUGCUCUGUUUAUAAUUGUUAAUAUUAGACAAACAGUAGACAAAUGCAGCAGCAAGUCAAUUGUAUUAGCAGAAUAUUGUCCUCAUUGCAUGUGUAGUUUGAGCACAGAUCCCAAACCUUAUGGCCAAGUUUCUUCUAGUAUGAUGGAAAGUUUCUUUUUUCUUUGCUCUGAAUAAAACUGAACUGUGGGUUCUCUAUAAGUGGCA